UGUCAAACCAAGUGAUACUUUUACAUUUGGGUUUGUUCGCUAUGCCACCCAGAUGGAAGCUAGGAAGGCUGUGGAAGACAUGGAUAAGUGGCCUAUGCAUAGCAAACCUAUGAGUGUAGCAUGGGCCAAGGACCAACCCAACCAUCGCUCUGUACCUGGUAGUGCCACUGAUGGGGGCUCAUCCAGCCAGGUUGUGACACCAACAGAGGGUCAGCAGAAUGAUGCCAAGUACUGGAUGCAUCUGAGAAGUGUAGCAUCUAAACACAACCGGGAAAAGAAACACAAAGGAGAACGGCCUUUGGAGCUCAAGUCUUUGAUGAAAGAAGCUCUGAGGUAUGAAGCAUUAAUUCUGCGACCCAUCACUCAUGUAGGAGCUCCUGUUAUGCUGGCAAACAAUUUAUUACAGGACACUACAGUAAGGAAAAGAUCAGAGUCUGACAUCACAAACAAACCGCUGAUGUCACAAGCUACAGAUGCUUCAAACCCAAACAGUCUCUCGAGUUCUAGUGGAACUGAUACAUCUAGGGAAAUACCAACAUCAAAGAGCCAACAAUAUCUACCAGAUCCAAAUCAUGUAUCAUUUGAUAAAGACCUCCAAAGUUCAGAAGAACUCAGGAAUAUUACAGGGGAAAUGAAAUUAUCAAACCAACAAUAUCUACCAGAUCCAAACCCUGUAUCAUUCGAUAAAGACCUCCAAAGAUCUGCUGAAUGUAGGGAUGUUAAAGGGGAAAGUGAAUCCUUGAACUACGA